GAGCUGCUGAAGAAGGAGAAAGAGGAGGCUCUGGCAGAGGAAGUGAAGACCACUAAAGCUGCUCUGGAUGCCAUGAGGAAAGCCUAUGAGGAAGAUCUUGAGGAGGAGAAGGAGAAGUACAGGGUGGCUCUAAAGACAAUGUUCACCGAUGACUUUGUGGAUGAAAUCAGAAGUCGUCAUGAAAAUGAAGCGACCAAGCUGCGAGAGGAGUUGGCUCAGGUUACGAUGCACUACGACAGUCGCUGUGAGGACUACAAACUCCUGGAGGACAAACUGGAAUCCACCAAACGAGAAUACGACAGCCACAUCAACCAACUUAUCAAGAGUAAUGAGCAGCUGAAUAGUUUGGUGAAUGAAGAGAUAAACAAACUAAAGGACUUCAUUCAGAACAGGACAAUGGCCAGUGUUCCAGGCAAUGCUACCAUAGAGGAGGAAUUGUAUGAUGCUCAGAUUAUGGUGCGAGUGAAGGAUGCCGAAUUACAGAAACUCAGAUCUCAAGUGAAGAACUUGGAAAACAAUCUGGAAAGAACAACAGAGGAACAGAGACAGAGUAUGACCCAGUAUCUACAGAUGUACAAGAAGUACACAGAGUUACAAAACAAAAUCAAACAGGACAUUUCAGCCAAAGAAAAAGAGGACUCCAAAGACAGGAACAGACAACUCCGCAGGAAUAAUUUAAGUUUAAAAGCCAGACAUGGGAAAGCACCGUCCUUUCAUCAUCGAGCCCGCAGUCCAAGUCCAACUCAGCAAAAUGCAUCAAAGAAAGAUGAGCACCAAAGCCGUGACUCACACAAACGCAGAUGUCACCUUGAUGUUAAAGACUUGAAAAGGUCCAAAAGUAGUCCCUCCCUACCAUUUGUCUUUGAUGGUCGCCUUCCCAUGGGGCAAGGCAAACACAGAGAUUCUACUGGGGAUCUAAGUACUCCAAAGCAAAAACCAAGGCUUCCAAUGUUUAACACAACAAACCGAUAUAAAAUAAACCUAGUAUUUACCGGAUCGCUCAUCAAUUUAUCAAAUGAAUAUUCAUGUUUAUUUGGAUUUUAACCAUAUUUGGAGUAUCUGCUUUGUAUGUUCAUUUCCCAGUUCAUCUUUUUUUCUCUAUAAAAGAAAACUGCUGGUCAGUUAUAUUUUUCUUUAUAAACCUGACGGAUUUGUGACUACGCAUUUACAACAACAACAAAAAACCUAUCUCUGUAAACUGCUGACAUUUUUUAAAAGGAUUUUAUUUAUGUUCUUGCCAUGUACAUUUCAUUUGUUGUACAAUUUGUGAUACCAUGAAAGUGCACAUUGUAAAGAGGGGACUUUUUUAUAUAAUUCCAAACCAUAAAGUGCCACCUUUAUUUAUUGAAGUACAGUUAAAGGUUGUGAGUUUUAGUUACCUUUUUGUUAAUGAUUUUUUAAAAAUUCAUAUCAACAGACCUUGUGAUGCUUUUAUAUACUUCUGUGAUGUUGAGAAAACAGUUUUAUGUAAAUGUUAGAUAACAGAAGUCAAUUACAUUAGGAUUUUAUAUUGGGUUGUAGUGACAUUUGCUAAGCAGAUGGCCAGUGCUUUGAUAAUCACUUUUUUUUUUACUUCUAUUUUUGUGAAUAAACUUCAUAUAUUUAUAUACAUGUAUAAUGAUAGAUCUAUUGUUACUUUUGUUCUUUUUGAUGCCUGGAAGAAUUCUUGUUGAGAAAACAAGGUAUAGUGUCAAAUCCCUGUUUAAACUGGGGCUGCUUUCAUUUUAUUGCUAUAAACUUCUACCUUUUCUAAUUUAUAUGUAUUUCUGGGUUUUUUUUUGUGGUUAAUCUUUAUUUAGAUCAGAUCAAACAAAGAUACGAAAGAUAUAAGGAAACAACUACAGUUACAAUAGGUUUAAAGAUACAUGUACAUUUACAGGAAAUAUUAAUAUAUAUAUACAUAGAAGUAUAAUAUUGUACAGUAUGCAUAACACCAGAAUAAAUUAUAUCAAUUUAA